UCCCGGUGGAGUCUUGGCUCCGCGGCGGGGCCAGGCCCGAUCGCGACCCCCCCUCCCCCCCCACCCCGAUACCGGCAGCGAGCGGGUGAGUCCCGGGGCGAGCGGGGACCGAGUGCUUCCCUCCAACACCCCGCCCCGGCCCGACCCCCGCUCCCGCAGCUCGCUGCUCCUAGCGAGUCCCAGACCCUUUCCCCCUCCGCGCCGCGCCCAGCCUUUCCACUUCCCCCUUCGUCGCCCGCGCAGCUUGCCACAGACAUCCCAGUCCCCACAGCCCAGUUCCCCUCAGAUGUGUUCCCCCCGUGCCCCGCGGCGCCGCUGCCAGAUGUGGGUGUGGGGAGGGGGACGCUCUGCCACCGCCCGCAGGGCCCGGGGCGGCGGAGGGGUCGGGGGCUGCGGCGGGCGGGCUCAGUAGCCCCCCGCCUCCCCCAGCCCCCGGGCAAUGGAGCCUGGAGCCCCUUCCCCACCCCUCUGCACCCCGGAGCCCCGGCACCCCUACGAGCCCGUCCCCGCCGCCCUCUGCACCGUCGGUGCCCUCUUCGGCGUCGUCUGCAGUUGCUUCGGGUAUCGCUGCUUCAAGGCCAUCAUGUUCCUGUCGGGGCUGCUCUUUGGCUCCGUUGUCAUCUUCCUCCUCUGCUACAAGGAGCGGGUGCUGGAGACGCAGCUGAGCCUGGAGGCCAGUGCAGGCAUUGCCCUGGGCAUCGGGCUGCUCUGUGGGCUGGUCACCAUGCUGCUGCGCAGCGUUGGGCUCUUCACCACCGGGCUGCUGCUGGGGCUGCUGCUGGCCACAGCCGCGCUGGUGGCAGCAGCGCCGGUGCUGCCUCCGCCGAGCCCCUGGGUGCCGGUGGGCAGCCUGCUGGGGCUGGCACUGCUCUGUGCCCUCUUGGCCCUGCAGUGGCCCAAGGCUCUGACCAUCCUCUCCACUGCCGUCUUUGGUGCUGCUGUCGUCGUCGUCUGCAUCGAUUACUUCGUGGAGGCGCUGGCGCUGCUGCUCUACGUCUAUGACCGUUUGCGGCUGGCACCGGCGCAGCCGCUGUGCUGGCCCAGUGGGGCGGUGCUGGGGGCCUGGCCGGCGCUCAGCCUCCUCGCCAUCCUGCUCCAGUGGAAGCUGACGGCUGACGGCAUCUCCCACACCAACGUCAUCCUCAGCCGGCGGCAGAAGCGGCUGCAGCUGCUGCGCAUCCGGCAGAAGGCCCAGCGCCGCCAGGAUCCGGCCCCCUGCCCAGGCACCUACCGCCGCAAGCCGCCCCCCGUGCAGCGCUACGCAGGCGACGUGCUGGCCCCGAGCUACAUCCGGAGCCUGCGGGACCAGCAGCAGCAGAGUGGGGCCGGGCCGGGCCCUGCUGUCGCCUGCGGCCCCACUGCAGCCCCCCGCCACCAGCCCUGAGCUCCCACCCCCCCACCGAUGUGCCUUGGGCCCCCCUGGGCCCCCCCCACGAUGCACCUGUCCCCUGAAAUAGGCAAAUGAGAUGCCCUCUGCCUCCCCCUGCGGAGUGUGGAGACAAGGUAUUCAGGGCAUAUGGCUGUUGUGGACACCCCCAUGUCCCCUGUCCCCCCCAGAGGGGAGAGCCCAGAGACAGCCCUGGGAGACCCCUUGAAAAUAAAGCCUGACUUUGGU